CAUCUGCUUAUCAGCAGUCAGUAUCUUGAAUAUCGCUGUUCUGUCAGGAUCGUGAAUUUUACCUCGAGACCGUGCUGGCACGGUUUUUAAUAAUUGAUAUACACAAGGAUAGAAGGAGAAAACAAUAAUCUCGUACUUAUCGUGGCGUAAGUAAAGCUGUCUGUCUGUUCGCUAGCGGAAUUUUCUGAUUAAGCAGUACAUGUUCGCGAAAGAAAAAUUAGCAAUACAUUAACGUGUUUUAUUCUUCAACCUCGAACAUUUGGACGUCAUUCAACCACAGAAUUAAAUUUCCUGAGCUGUGAAUUGCCCACGCAUUAGUGACUCGAUCGAGGUUAGGAAGUCACCAUGAGUGCUGAAAAUUCGAAAAUAAAUGGACACAGGGUAAAAGAAGAUCCAAAGGAUAUUCAGAUCCCGGUGCCUUGGGGUUACGUUAGUGGUAAAUGGUGGGGCCCUAAAGAGAUCCAGCCGAUAUUGGCGUUGCAUGGGCGUCAAGACAAUGCAGGAAGUUUUGAUACGUUGAUGCCUCUUCUCAUGCCCAAUGAUGUUUCUGUGCUCUGUUUGGAUAUGCCUGGGCAUGGUUUGUCUUCCCAUUAUCCAAAGGGCUACUCAUAUUACGUUUAUUGGGAUGGUGUCACAUUGCUUCGUAGAAUCAUUAAAUAUUUCAAGUGGACCAAGAUAAAACUAUUGGGACAUUCUCUCGGUGGUGCUAUAUCAUUCCUUUACGCCGCAACAUAUCCAGAUGAGGUGGAAUUCGUCAUAAGUCUAGACAUAGCCAGCCCUUGUGUAAGAAAUAUAACAAAGAUUGCGUCGAUGACCGGCAGUAACAUCGAUAGGUAUCUUAAGUACGAAAAUCUGACGCUGGACAGUAUGCCUUGUUACAAACGCGAAGAAAUGAUUGACAUAGUGUUCGAUGCAUACGAAAACUCGGUCACGAGAGAAAGUGCUGAAAUAUUGAUGAAGAGAGGUAUGCAACCAGCAAUGGAAAGAGGAAAGUACUACUUCUCGCGUGAUGCCAGGCUCAAGGUUGCACUACUGGGUAUGAUAUCCAUGGACUUGGCAUUAGCCUACGCCGCAAAUAUUAAGUGCGCGUAUUUAAACAUCCGUGCAAUUCCUGGAAUGACGUUCGAAGAGCCGGAAAAUUAUACCAAAAUUCUAGAUGUCAUAAAGCUGGGCGCUAAGAAAUUUGAGUAUCACGAAGUUGAGGGAACUCAUCAUGUGCACCUUAACAAUCCUGAAAGAAUUUCCGGCAUUAUUUCGAACUUUAUAAAAGGAUAAUGAUAGCUCAUCGUAGGUAUCACCGCGGUUUUUCGUACGUGGAACGAAAGUAGACAAGUUUUGAAAUUAUUUUUAAACUUUUUUUUUUCUCCCGUCGUUUUUAACCACUUGCUGUGGAUCACCUAGAAAAAAAUACGUUCCUUAAAUUAAUUAUUUAUUGCAUUAUUUUAUUUGUAUGAACUGAAACGAGGAAAACGAUUUUGUUGUCAUUGCUGCUACUUUACAAAACAAGACAAGAGCUUACUUCAUUUGUCGUUGAUAAUUGAUAAAACAAGUCUUACCAGACUUACCGUUCCAAAGUAUACUAUAUGUAAACUAGUAAAUCAUUUUAUCCUUUGAUAAUGGUAUCCAACUGCUUCGAGAUAUUAUGUUUACGAAUGGCUGAAAGUAUUAGAAUAAAAUAAAAUACGGAUGACUACUUAUUAUAUGACAAAAUUUCUAAUAGAAGCCAAUGUUCUAGAGCUUAUACGGACUUUUUAGAUACAAGCAAAUCAGACUGUUGCUUUGGGUUUAGAAUUGAGCUUUAAACAACUUAUUUGGAGGUCGUUUUAAGUUUUGAUCUUAUAAUUCACAAUAUCAGUCUUUAAUUAUUUGUUAUACCAUUUAUAAUAAUCCUCGCGCUAUUGAAAAAAUAUUUCACAAUUGCAACAUGACAGUGAGUACGCAAUUCAAUUAGAUUCGUGAUCUCUUUCAAACCAGCUUGAAUCAAUGAGUUUAAAUUAUUUAUUAUAUUAUGCUACAUCAAUAUAUAUAAUAAAAAACGAACAAUUUAGUACAAUAUAUUAACAAAAUAGAGUUAUAGAUACUGAUUUAUGACCGUAAUUUGUAUCCUAAACUUGCAGUACGGAUUAUCUUAGAACGUAGACUAUUGUAAUUAUUACGGAUACGUAUAGUUACUGAGUGUUUACGAUGUGAAAAAUGAGUAUAACAUGUAAUAAAUUUUUAGUGAAGGAUAAAAAAUUUAGAGGUCUACGGUUUCACGAACUGUGUCAUGUAUGUUUGCACCCGUUCGCUUCAUUACAGUUUACGAUUAUUAAGUUCUAUGCAUGAAGUUCUGCGGAAUAUCAUAGUUAUAAAAAGCACUCGAUAAUUUUAGAGAGUCAAAACUUUUUUCUAACUUUGAAAUGUUUUAAUUCCACAAAAGCAUCGUCAUCAAUGGAUCGCAAUCUACGAACAAUUAGACCAUAACACAUCAUCGAAAUUGUAUAAAUAGAAAGAGAUGUGAACUUUUGUACCGACGAUUUGAAUUAGAUAGUUUUUUAAACAACAAUGUGAAAAAUGAUCUAUCGGAGGGAACACUUGAAGAUACAAACUCGAAACUCGGACGGUUUACGUUUACUCAGUGACAAUACGAAUAUGAUAAGGAUACUUGCAAUAAACCGUAGAAUGUGCCAAUGCAUACGCUACUUUGGUGUAGUUGGAAGAAAGAAAAAAAAGAACAUACCGGUUUACGUUCAUGAAACCACAAAGAAGAUAGGGACUGAAUGCCACGAAGCUGCGAUAGUGCAUUAUUAUCAGUCUCAAAGGAACCUAGAAUAUCAUUAUUGCAUUUUUAUUAUUACUUUUUUUCUACUUCUCUCUGCUAAUUUCACAAUUGCGCAAUUGCCUUUCGAAGUUAACCCUCCAUUUUUAUUUGCAUACAAUGUAUUGAACUAAAUAUUAAUUUCACCGUAUAUGAACAGCGUUUCGAACGACGAAUAUAUACAUAUAUAUACAUAUGUAUAUGUAUAUGUGUGUGUGUGUGUGUGUGUGUGUGUAUAUUCGUACACGUGUGAUGUGUCGGUUAUACAUCGAAUUCUCAAAUGUAUGAUAACUUAUGGAAUUAUUUUUACAAUAGAUUUUGAG